GGGGUGACCAGUGACGCAGUGACUGAUGCCAGCCAAGCUUUGGUGGGCCCCACAGCUCACAGCCGCUUGCUGGUAAUAUCUGGCAUCCCCACCCACCUGGAGGAAAACGUGGUGCGCAGCGCCAUCCGUAGGGCUUGCAAUGCCCAUGGCGGGCUCUUCAAAGACGAGAUCUACAUCCCCCUUCAAGAGGAGGACCCCAAGAAACCCAAGUGCAGCGUGGUCACAUUGGAUUGUAAAGUAACAGAGCCAGAGAGACCGGCAAGUGUCACAGACAGUUUGGACAGUUCUAGCAGCGUCACCCCAGCUAUGAGUGUGAGCGCUUCAGCCUCUACCAGUCAGACUUCCAUCUGCAGCUCCUCUCAGGGUGUCUCCCGCACCGCCAGUGAGAUCUCCGUGGAUCAGGAGCUCCUGGCAGCCACCGUUGUUGUGGUUCCCUCGCAGCAGCAGGGAGUGCUGGACCCCCACAAUGUCUCCAGCCAGGAGAGUCUGGACCUGUCUCUGUGCAGCACUGGGAGUUUGGGAAGCCUUGGCAGUCUAGGGGAGCCCCUAGACAGCGCAGACACUGCCUCAGUCUCGGACGGGGGCUCCAUGUACACAGUCACCUCUCUUGACAACAACAUACCGAUGGCUCGGCCCAUUAAGGGAUACGCUGUCAUUGAGGUGCGCGCCCGAGCGAAGGUGGAGAAGAUCCGCGCCAGCUUGUUCAACAGCAGUGAUCUAAUUGGCCUGUCCAGCCUGGACGGGGAGGAGGAGCUGAUGGAGAUGACUACGGAGGAGAUCCUGACUGUCUCCAGCGUGAACCAGAGCCUGUUUGACACCCAGGGCAGCUCUGUACUCGAAGACUACUUCACAGACAAGUCCAUCAAAGGAGACAAGUUGGUGCCCAGUGCACGGGACAUCCUGACUGAGAUUUUUAGAAGCUGUGUACACUCUGAGCAGAUGCUGAGCUUGACCCCUGCGAAGCCCGUCAAGGUGUCGGAUAUUUACCUCAGCAAAGAGCAGAUCAACUCUCAGACCCCAGGAAAUCUGCUGCAUGUGUUCUUCACAAAAGUGCGUCCACCGAAGAAAGUUCUCGAGGACCAGCUCGCACAGAUCCUGAGGAAAUAUGGGGUCCCCAAACCAAACAAAAGCAGAUACAGCAAAGCUGGCAAAGAGCAGCACCAGGGGAAAGUGGUCAGCACAAAGAGACCCCUCACCAAGCCUCCCACUAAAGAGAAGUCUGUGCUCAACAGCGUCAGGACUGCUCUAAGUGAGAAGAAGCCGAUAGUUAAGCCCAAGUCUCCAGAGAAGACCAAACCUGAGGAGAAGGAUCCUGAGAAAGCUCGGACAAAGAAACAGGAAGUUCCAGAGGAGAAGUACCUGACUCUGGAGGGGUUCCACCGCUUCACAGUGGACCGAGCCAAGCAGGACAUCCGCAGUGUUUGGCGAGCCAUCUUGGGCUGUGGGUACGACCUGCACUUUGACAGGUGUGCCUGUGUAGACACUCGGCAUGCCCACAAAGCCAGCCGAAAGUGGUGCCUGGAGAUGGACGUGGCGCUGGUGCAGUACGUGAACCGGCUGUGCCGUCACCUGGCCAUCACCCCGACCCGCCUGCACCCUCACGAGGUGUACCUGGACCCAGCCGACACCGCCGAUCCCAGGGUGUCCUGCCUGCUGAAUGUCCCUGUUGAGAGCCUGCGGCUGCGAUUUGCUUUGCUGCAGUCCCUCAACAACAUGCUGGAGACUUUCUUCCUGCCCCUGGUGGAGCUGCGUCAGACAGACACCUACCUGCACAGCAUUGCUGCCCUCCUCCGGGAGGCCAAAGGUUUGGUCUGUUAUGACACUAAAGUGGCAGUGAUGAAUCGAGUGCUGAAUGCUACAGUGCAGAGAACAGCAGACCAUGCUGCCCCUGAGAUCACCCUGGACCCCCUGGAGAUUGUAGGAGGGGAGAUCCGUUCUGCUGAAAACACUUACUUCUGUCAGGCAGCCCGUCAGCUUGCCUGCGUCCCUUCAUCCCAGCUCUGUGUCAAACUGGCCAGUGGUGGGGACCCAACUUAUGCCUUCAACAUCCGCUUCACUGGAGAGGAGGUCCAUGGCACCAGUGGCUCAUUCAGGCACUUCCUUUGGCAGGUGUGCAAAGAGUUACAGAGCUCCGCACUGUCUCUGCUCAUGCCCUGCCCCAGCUCUGCUGUCAAUAGAAACAAGGGGAAGUACAUCCUGACUCCCGGCCCGAUCACCUAUGCAGAGGAGCAGCUGCUUCACUUCUUGGGACAGCUCCUGGGGAUCGGGAUUCGCGCUGACCUCCCGCUGCCCCUCGACCUGCUCUCCUCUUUCUGGAAGGUGCUGGUGGGGGAGUCCCUGGACCCCGAGGCAGACCUCCACGAGGCUGACGUGCUCACCUACAACUAUAUCAAGAGAGUGGAGAAUGUGAAUGACGAGACAGAGCUGGAGGCUCUCUGUACAGAAAUCACCUCUCAACAUCACUCGAGUGAGAGCCCAGAGUCCCCAAACAAACCUUGCUGCAAGUUCACCUACAUCACCAUGACCGGGGAUGAGGUGGAGCUGUGCCCUGGAGGCAGGAACAUCAUUGUCAGCUGGGAAAACAAGGACAUGUAUGCAUCUGCGAUCAGAAGCCUGCGGUUGCGCGAGCUGCAGAACUCCGAGUGCAUGACAGCUGUACGAGCCGGGCUGGGCUCCAUCAUCCCCCUGCAGCUGCUCACCACCCUCACUGCCCUGGAAGUGGAGCUGCGGACCUGCGGCCUGCCGUACAUCAACCUUGAGUUCCUCAAGGCUCACACAAUGUACCAGGUAGGUCUGAUGGAGACAGAUCCACACAUUGAGUUCUUCUGGGCAGCUUUAGAACUGUUCACUCAGGAGGAGCUCUGUAAGUUCAUCAAGUUCGCCUGUAACCAGGAGCGUAUUCCCUUCACCUGCCCGUGCAAGGAUGGGGGUCCUGACACUGCACACGUACCCCCCUACCCUAUGAAGAUCGCCCCUCCCGAUGGGGCUUCAGGUUCCCCUGAUUCUCGGUAUAUCCGAGUUGAAACCUGCAUGUUCAUGAUCAAACUUCCUCAGUAUUCCUCUUUGGAGAUCAUGCUAGAAAAGCUUCGGUAUGCAAUCCAUUACCGAGAGGACCCUUUGAGUGGCUGAGCGAGCCAGCCAGCCCAGCAACCUUUCACAUAGCGAGGAGACCAAGAAGAGGAUUCUCCUACAUUAAUUGCUUCCUAGAAGUAAACAGACUUGAAUGCGAAGAAAAGGAGACUGGUAGCACUUUGAUUUCUUCAAGAUCCUACGAAGCUGGACACGGGCUGGUAUUUGCUGCAGCCAGUGUACUCUGCAACCGCUGGGCUGUGUCAUUACCUGUGAAAGUGGUUCUGUGAAAAGGCAGUACAAAAAUAAGGGACCCCAUGCAUUGCACUUUGUUUUACCAGAGUAAGAAAAUGUUAGGGGUUGUUUUAUUUUUUGUUGUUAAUUAGAUGUCUUAACAUCAGACUGCAUCAAUAUGAAAAUAAUGUUAUAGCUAAUAAUAUGUCAAAUGGGAGAAACCUCUUUUACUGCAUAUCACUGCUUUUUAAGGCAACUGGAGAGGCAGUUCUGCCUAUGGUUUUGAGAAAAGCGCUUUCUGAAUGAUACGGUACUCAAACAAGAUAUCUACGUUAUCCAACAAUCUGAGCACUGCAGAACUGCUCCCAGUUUACACCCCAGAUACUGAAAGGUUGCUUGUGUAAAUAAUUAACCUACUUUUAAAUUCAUAAGCACAGGAAGUAAUGUAUUAGAUACUUAUGGGUAAUGGUCACCUUUGUAUUUUGUUUUAUUCUUCUAACAGCCGUAACCAAUGCUUAGACCACAAUGCCAAAAGUGUACAUAAAGCAAAGGAAGAAUUAGCCAGCUGAUCUGCUCAAGGAACCCAGAAACUACUCUGCUUCUCCUCAGCUGGCAUUGUGUGAACAAUGCAAAUUGGGAUGGCCUUUAUUUUCAAUUAGAAGAGAAAUACAUGUCACUUGUGGACAUUUACUGAAGAAAAUGACUUUGGGCUUCAUGUAACCCACUGAAGCCAGACAUGGACUUUACUGCUGGUUAAGAUGCUCAGUAUGUCCGAGUCCCCAUAACGAGGGGAGGAAAAGUAUGGAAAAAUGUUUUAUUUAACAGUAUAAAAAAGGGUGAGAGGGUACAUAACUAUUGUAAAAUAACAGUUUUGCUUGACCCCUCCAAGUGCAUUGUAAAAGACGUUUAUUCUGAAUUGAUCCAGUAAUUUGGUCUGAACUGCAGGGAGAGAAUCUUGUGCAUCUUUUACUUGCAUACUGCUGUGUGCUAUUUAAAAUGGUGAAAAUAGUAAAGUGAAUAUGAAGCCCUGCUGUGCUGUUUUUAAUUUAAUUUUUUUGAGUGAAUGAUAUUUCAGUGUGGUAGCUUUAUGGUUCUAACAUGAUUGGCACACACAAUACUAUAACCCCCCCCUCACCCGUUGAUAGCUAAAACAAUCUCACUAUUCAUACACUGAACCCAAACAAGUUAGAAAUCAGUUUAAAAUCUGGAAUGUAAAUUGUCUGAUAGUGGAUUUCUGAAUGUAGGUCAAUGUUCUCACCUUUAUCAAAAAAGUUAUCUCUUCCUUUUAAGUACUGUAACUGUGCAGUGUACAGUAAAUUCUAAUCCCUGUUAAGACGUGGUUGUUACUAGUUAAUUGACACGGGGUAAAAUGGGAUAAACAGUGUUACCAAUGGCAUUGUGUGUGCCAGUCUUUAGUUUAUUUUUUAAAACAGGUAGAGGAGGAUGAUGAUAGCUGUGACAAAGUUAACUGCUGCUAACAGAAUGCUCUCUAUCAGGGGGCAAUAUAAGGAAUAAAAGGACAUAUCCACA